AUGAGGACAUUGGCACGAUACACAGGAAGGCAAGUUUCACGUCGAAAAGUAUUGGAUUUUGAUAUCUUGUUAAGAGUAUUGUAUAUUCUGCGCAAGUCGCUGUCAGAGCUUCGAAACAGUGUACAAUAUCAUGUGUCAUUCUUCUCAACAAGCCCCGAGCUGAGUAACAAGCAGAGAUUCGAAUACUUCACUAGGACGAUACCCUCGGACCACCAUCAGGUCAAAGCUAUGGUGGAGAUAGUGAAACUCCUGGGGUGGAGCUACGUGUCAAUAAUAUAUGAAGAAUCCAAUUAUGGGAUAAAGGCCUUCGAGGAGCUGGAAGUGCUGUUGGCGAAGCAUAACAUUUGCAUAGCCGUGAAGGAGAAGCUGGUAAAGGAUUCAGGAGUGGCCGAGGAGAUUGCUUACGACGACAUAGUUACCAAGCUCUUGACGAAGCCCAGGGCCAGAGGAUUAUCCUCGCUAAUCUCUUCAGACUAA